AUGUUCAUUCAUGCCAUGAUCGAUGAGCAUGCGUAUAUCUUUACGAUACUCGACGAUGCUAAGCUAGAAGAGGCCACUCGCGAUAUCGACGACGUCGAAGAGGAUGAAGACGUGUAUGCUAGCAUCGCCACCCUCGCCAAGCUUACCACCAACCCCGAGUACGUGGCCACGACGGCGAAGCGCCUCUUCAAGUACUUAAUGGCAAAGGGUCCGAUCCCUGACAACCACCUGAGGAAUCCCGAUCAACCCCAACACCAUCUCGUCUUGGGUUGCCAUCUGAUCGCAAGCCGCUAUUGCAGCACCCCGAAGAGCGUCGAGGAAUUUUGCAAGCUCACCGGUGCGUCUGAGGAGAGGUGUGGCACCUUCUCCCGCACGUUUUCAGAGCUCAAGAAAUCCUUCGACCUGGUCAGUUCCAGCGAGCCGCGGGCCCAGCAAGCCAUCGUUGCCAACGCACUCAGCCGGUUCUGUUCGCAGUCCCGGGGCACCACUCUCCCCGCCCAGACGGUGAAAGCAGAUAAGAUCUUCGGCGUCGCCAUGGUCACCUGCGCGCCCUUCAAGCGCCUGCAGCUCGACGAGCUCAUCAUCGCGUCGCUCUGGCUCGCGAGCUACACCUUCCCCAACCCAUACCCUUCCCUAGAUGCCCUCUACAAGCUCACCGGGCUCCCGCGUCCGGCGGAUUCGCUCGACUUAGACAAGGUCCUCAACGACCUCAGAACCGCCGUCGCGCGGGACGCCGCCCGCAACGCUGUCGCGCCCAUCGCUCAGAAAGCCGGGCUGCCCAUUACCGGAAUCCAUCAGGCAUGCGAAAACUUCGACAGAGCCGCUUUGUGCGACUUUUUCUGGACACGCUCGCAGGAGGCCAUCGCGAUUGGCGCGGUGUAUCUUGCGGCCCAGAGACCUGGCGGCCCGCGCUGGUUGCGCAAGAUUGCGGCGAUUGCGAAGGGCGUUACGGGGCAUGAAGUGGGCCCCGAGGAGCUUGGCCGCACGGUUGGAGAGCUCCAAGCGUGGUUGCAAGUGGUUGGCCCGUUUAAGCCGAGGGAGCCGUUGCUGGAGAGGUAUGUGGAGAAGGAGUGGCCGCGCACGCCGGUUUGGUGGGGAUCGGAUGAUUCUGAGGGGGAUGAUGAGUAG